AUGAAAGAUAACGAUUCAAUCACAAACGAGGAGGAUGCUGCGUUAUGGCAACGAUUUGAGCGCUACGUAAAGAAUGCCUGCAAUGUUACGGAAACGGGAGAGCAAUCGAAGGGUUCCUUGCUCCAAACAAAAAGCACGUUAACUAAGGCCUAUUUUAAGGAUGGUCUUGCUGGAUUGAGAGUUGAAUUGGAUCAACUUUUGUAUGCGUUUGACCUCGAUGCCAGAUAUUCAGAGCCCAACUUGGAGCAGCAGCGGAAAAUCGCAGACUUGCGAUACCCCGCCGAAUGGUACGCCCAGGCACGAGCUACCCAGCGGACAAUCCAUUUACACGUCGGACCAACGAAUUCGGGAAAGACAUACCAUGCCCUGAAGCGAUUGGAGACAUGUAAAAGCGGCUUCUAUGCAGGGCCCUUGAGGCUCCUGGCGCAAGAGGUUUAUCAUCGUUUUAAGACAAGUGGUAUCCCCUGUAACCUUGUCACGGGCGAUGAAGUAAGGAUAUCUGAAGGUGAAAAGGCAGUAAUCGUGAGCAAUACAGUUGAGAUGGCCAACUUAGGGCAAAACUACGAUGUUGGUGUGAUUGAUGAGAUCCAGAUGAUAGCCGAUCCGAGGCGCGGUUGGGCCUGGACUCGUGCUGUCUUGGGAUGUCAAGCGAAAGAACUUCACCUAUGUGGAGAGCUCAGAGUGGUGCCUCUGAUUCGGGAGCUUGCAGCUCUCACCGGAGACAAGCUUGAGAUCCACCGCUAUGAGCGAUUGAACCCGCUGAGAGCUAUGAAACAUAGCCUGAAAGGAGAUUUGUCCAAACUUGAGAAAGGGGACUGUAUCGUCUCGUUCUCCCGAGUUGGAAUCCACGCCCUGAAGGCCGAGAUCGAAAGGAAAACAGGUCGACGAGCUGCUAUUAUCUACGGUGGCUUGCCCGCUGAGAUCCGUACCCAGCAGGCAAGUCUUUUCAACGAUCCAGAUAAUGACUAUGAUUUUCUGGUUGCCAGCGAUGCCAUAGGCAUGGGUCUCAAUCUGAGCUGCAAGCGCAUCAUAUUCGAAACUGUCGUGAAGAAUCUCCGUACCGGGCUUCAGAGGCUCACCGUUUCAGAGGUCAAGCAAAUCGGUGGACGAGCCGGCCGCUAUCGCUCAGCAGCACAGCACGGAGAGGAUCAUCAGCAGGAUACAGAAAACGUCGGUUAUGUUACCUCUCUAGAAGAAGUCGACCUCCCUUACAUCCAAGAGGCGCUGAACACGGAAGCACCGCCGAUCAAUGCUGCGGGAAUCGCCCCUCCCGACCCUGUUUAUGAGAGAUUUGCGGCCUAUUUUCCCGGGAAUACCUCACUUGCGUACAUGGUCAACCGGUUAACGGAGAUUGCCAGGAUAAAUCCCCUCUUUUUCAUUUGCGACCCUACACCCUGUCUAGAGAACGCGGAGGUGAUUGAUGCAGUGCCUGGCUUGAAUCUCACAGAUCAGUUGACCUUGAUGGCUGCACCCAUCGGUGCACGAGAAGAAAUUGGACGCAGAGUCGCGAUGGCUUUCGCCCGCUGUGUCCUUGAGAACAAAAAUGGCCGACUCUUAGAUAUUGAGGAAAUCAACCUCGAAGUCCUUGCAGAGCCCGUGUCUGGAAACAAGGAAUAUAUGCAUCAGUUGGAAGCGCUGCAUCGAGCUGUGAUUCUCUAUAGCUGGCUCAGCUACCGCUUCGGAGGCAUUUUCACAGACCGCACUUUGUCAGUCCACGUGAAAGAACUGGUGGAAGAGAGACUGGUCAGGGCGUUGACUGAAUUCUCUGCCAACAAGAAACUCCGGAAGAACGCAUCUCUGCUUCGCCAGAUUGCCAUGGAGAAGCAGCAACGCGUACAGCGGGAAUUCGCGAGUGCUAAUGGAGGCGCGGAGAUUGAUCUGUCGGAAUCUGGUGAAUCCUAUGGCCCCAGUGCAUUCAAUGUGUCCGACAACGAGAACGCCACCGAGACAGAUAUUCUCGCAGAAAAGCAGGGCUCCGAGGUGGAGUCCGCACUAAGCAGCGCAACUCGUGGCAGCGAAGACAUGGCUGAGACAGAUAUACUCGCGGACGAAAACCAACAUGAGGAAGAGUCAACUCUGAGUAACGUGCUACACUCCAGUGAAAACGCUGCGAGGAUAGGUAUCGCGGCUAAUGAACACGGUGACGAGCAAAAGCUGGAGCUGGAGACCAGUGACAACACGCGCACUGGCGAAGACUCAAUGCCGGAAAGCAAAGAGCCGGCUGAGCAUGAUCCGGCUCACAGUGCUCUCGAGGAACCAUCCGAAUCAAACGAUGCUACAACUGAUAUCAAAAAUCUCAAAGAGUCUGCUGAUCACGAUCCAGCAGGCGGUGUUUCUGAGGAACAACCCCAAUCCGAGAAUGCUGCACCUGAAUUCGGAGAGUCUGCUGAUCACGAUUCAACAAGUGGUGUUCCUGAGGAACAGCCCCGAUCCCAGGAUGCCACGCCUGGUAGCGAAGAGUCUGCUCGGCAUGGUCUAGUGGUCCACAACGCUGUCGAUGGGGAGUCCGAGCUGAAGGAUGCCAUGCCGGAAAGCAAAGAGCCCGCUGAAAGCGACUCCGCGGCUCGCAACAAUGAGGAAGAGCCAGCACAGAAGACUUCCAAUCACUAG